UGAUGGGUGCAAGCCGUGUGCUAGGACUGGGAAUCAGCUGCCAUUCUCGGGAUGAUCGCCGGUUCAUGUGACAGGCCAUUUGGAACGUGGAGGCUUUAGCGAAUCAAUCCAGGAAAUGCAAGCGUUGUGUAACCGAUGUCACCUAGGACGCGGCUUAAGUAUACAGGGAUCGCAACUCAGAUGCAGUUUACGCAAGGGGCGCCAAUGCUGUCUAUCAAAGAGGUUACCCAAUGCGCCAGGCCGGUUUGUGUGCAUGGCAACGUGGGUGAAGCUUGCCCAGCGUUGUAGAUCGAACAAGUGGGUGGUGGAUGGUGUGGGGGGCCCGUCCCGUGGCUACAGUACUAGGCAGAAACGCGCCUCGGUGUCAACCCACCGCAUUUCCCCUGUUUGCACAGCAACACCACACUUCCCCGAGCCGCGUACGAAUCCUUCGCGCCUUCUACGACUCCUCACACCUCUUACAGUUUCAUUGAUGACAUGUCACUUUUGCUGCAGAUCCGCGCUAGUAAAAGUUAAGCGUGCGCAAAUUAUGCUCCGUCAUUUCGUCAAGGGAGUCCGGGUGCAGUCAAGCACUCCGCGUAGGGUGACUGCCAAUACGUCACAGCCUAUAGCGGACCCUAUGGCAUGAUACACCAUGUACUCCCAUCUUAGCGCGUGCAACUGGCAACAUGAUCAAUGCACUGUCUUCCGACCCAGUGGCGCCGAAGGAUCAAAGGACUGACGCAGGACAGGGUCUGGCCUCGGCCACUGGUUAAACACGGAAGAACUCACGAUUGGAGAGCGGAGGCAAGGUCCACGCACCUAUCAAGGGGUGGCGCGACGCGAA